AUGGCUGCUCACCGGGUGAUCGUGUACGGAGGGAAAGGCGCUCUGGGCUCCAAGUGUGUCCAACAUUUCAAAUCUAACGGCUGGGUGAGUGUUGACAGUUACACUCGCCAUGCUAACACUGUGUUAUGCUAGCUGAAUGCGAAGCUAACUGUCAUUUUUGUGUCCUUUUAAUGAAUGAAAAGUGGGUCGCAAACAUUGACAUGGUUCCGAACGAAGAGGCAAAUGAAAAUGUGAUUGUGAAGAUGAGUGAGUCUUUCGCCGAGCAGGCUGGACAGGUGAGUUCAGGUUUAUUUUUUGGUAAUAUUUUGAAUGAAAUGUCUCAUGAAGCUUUAAUCUAACAGCCAGUAAACAGCAGUACAGCUGCUGGUGUCAACUGCUAAAUCUGACAUUACGAGGGAAAUUCGCAUAAAUCCAAUGUUGUUUAAUUGAAUGUUUUAUUGAAGCGCUUUGCUAGUAUACAGUUUAUAUAUGCUCAUGAUGCGUUCAAGGUAAAUUGAGGAGAAAAGGGGGAAAGGCUGUUUUUCUUUAAUCUUUUCUCUCUUAUACUCCUGAUUUACUGUCCUUUUAGCCUGUGUCUUACUUAUCUGUUCUUAUUUAACCUUUUAGGUCUUUUUAUUGAUUUUUUUUUCUUUCCUGCUCAUUUUGUUAUUCCAUUUUAUCAUCAAUAUUACCAUCAUUAUGAUUUUUAUUAUGAUUAUCAAUAUCUUCUUUUUAUAUUUAUAUUUGUUUCCUGCUCUCUACCCCCAUCUUUAUUACAUUUCUUUUACUUGCCUGUUUUAUGUUUUUAUUUUGGUCCUCAUGGUCUCAUUUUAUGUUUUUCGGUUCUUGUAUUGUCUGGGUUUCUUAUGACAAAUGAAAUUAGCCUUCAAUUCGGAGGCCUUGUUUUUAACUGAGCUUUUGUUUUUUUGUUUUUUUAUUAUUUGUUGUUGUUUCCAUGUGCUUGAUCAUCAAACAAUGAGCGUGGUCCAGACCUGCUCUUGUUCCUUGAAAAGCGUCUUGAGAUGACGACUGUUGUGAAUUGGCGCUAUAUAAAUAAAAUUUGAUUGAUUGAUUGAUGUGCUGAUGCUUUGCGACUGUUUGACAAAGCACUUUGUAAACUUCUGUUUUUAAAAGUGCUAUAAAAAUAAAGUUAUUAUUAUUUUUAUAAAGUUAUUAUUCUGCAAGCGUUUCUGUUGAAGUGGUCUGUGAACCCAACACAGAUUACUUUGAAGAUAUCUGUGCUAUGUUGUGUGCUAAUAACACAAUGUGAUGACUAUAACAUUAUGAAAGAAAUGUAAAGAUAUAGCUAACUCUAAUGUGAUAAAGAUGAAGCUUUAAAACCAGAAUUUCUGGUGUUGGAAGGUAUUUUAAAGUUGGUAAAUGUUGUGUAGUGGUUAAAUGAAAAUGCAAUAAUAUAAUAAAGGAUUAUUUAGAUGACAGAAAAUGACACACAACACUGAUAACAUAACACUUUAAAGUACAGUACAGCAGGAGAGACAGAAGUGUAACCUGGACAGCACACCCAAGGACAAAAACAAUUAAUUUAAUUCAGUUUAUUUUUAUCUAAGUAUUUGUUAGAAAAUGAACCAUCUUGUUUUCUGUAUCUGUAUCCACUGCAUUUCAUUAAUGACAAUAAAGUUUAAUCUAAUGUAAUCUGUAGCCUCCCUGAUGUAUUUCUGGUGGUCUCCAAUCAGAUGAAAGCUUUGCGUUUCUCUUUUCUGAAAUAAAACUUAAACAUGAUUAAACUGAUUUUGUUUGCUGACCUGAAUGCAACAUAAAAGACGUCACAGAUAUUAACAGCUUGUUGACAUUUGAGUGCGUCAGCCCCGUGGCUUUAUUAAAAGGUGUAAGCAGUUAUCUCUUCCUCUGUGCAGGUGACGACAGAUGUGGCUCAGUUGCUAGGGGAACAGAAAGUGGAUGCCAUCUUGUGCGUGGCGGGAGGAUGGGCGGGAGGAAGCUGCAGCUCCAAAGGUCAGAGUUGAACCCGUUGUUUGCUGCAACAUCAGUCAUCAGUGGUUUAUUACAUGCUCUGAAAAUCUACCCAAUAAACUGUUUAUACAAUAUUUACAUGUAUGUAGUCAGCAGAUAUGAAGUCAUGAGUGUCCUUAUAGAGCAUUAUUGAGUUUUACAGGUUUUAUUGGUCUGAGUUGUAAAGGUUUUCUGUUUGAUCAUAUCAUUUAAUGCGUUUAUCUCAUGGUUACCUGAUAUUUAAAGGACGACAGACAUUUUCCGCCUGAUUAUAACCAAAUCUGAUCCUGUGCUCGGCUAAUCAAAGCUUAAUUGUUUCUGUUCGCUCUGCCCUUUCAAGGACCUUUUGGAGGCGUAGUUUAACGUUAUGUAGCUCUUUGAUACUUUGAUGAUAACCAACCUUUUCUUUACGGUUGGGGUUAGGGACUGAUAAAUAUGAGAUAAGUGAUUGAUAUCUCUACCUUGUUCUGAUUUAAAUAUCUCCAUAGGUUAACACCCCUGUUUUUAAAGAGAUUUCAGUGUGAGUGCAGCUCCUUCUAAUGAUUGAAGACCCUCUGAGGUGACGAACCAGAGCAUGUAGUUGACGCCAUAUACAAGAUGUUAAAAAUCAUAUCUAAAACAAGAAUUAUGAUGACAUUACAUUUCCAAUUACAACAAACACAAAUAAAGGCAAAGUUAAAUGUACAAGUAAGCGAACCGUAAUAAAACACCAUAGUCGUCGAUCUUUCCUGUCUUGAAUUUCCUCAGAGGUUUAUUUUGCAUAACAAAACGAUACUUUUUACAAAUAAUAAUGAUGAAAUCGAGACCCGAUGUAAACACAAUCGUAAACCCACAGCUGCACUAAUUACCCACGAAGAACCCGCAGGUCUCACAUUACAUGUCUCCUCCAAUAGGAGAGCUGCAGUAGUAAUCGGGUUCAAUUAAACUUUAAAGUAAAACUAUAUCAUCAGGAUAAAUAACAAAAAUUAUUAAUUAUCUGUCAAAUUAUCAGUAGUGCACAAUUGGCUCUAACAUAACCUGCCCCUAAUUGAUGAGGUUAACUUUAUAUCAAUGACCAAAAUAUAAACAUAAAGCCAUUUUUUUUUCUUUUUCUUAAUAAAAAAUAAAAAAUAAAUCUCUCUCUCCUUUUUUUCUUAUAUGAUUCUAAACAGAAAAGUGUCUAAGAUUCUGUGUAAAACAAAUGCAUAAAGCACCUUUAAGUUUGUGUUUUGUUGUUGUUUGUGUUGUUUUUUGUAAAGAUUAUGAAAUAGAUUUUAAUAGUGCUUCCUUUGGUUAUUAAUUACCGUUAUUAUCGUUUGCAGAUUUAUUUAAAAACACAGAUUUGAUGUGGAAGCAGAGCGUGUGGACCUCCACUAUCUCCAGCCGCCUCGCAGCUCUGCACCUCAAACCAGGAGGACUGUUGACUUUGGCCGGAGCUAAAGCAGCUCUGUCAGGCACCGGAGGUAAAGACACACAUUUGAUGUUUGCCGUUCUCAUCAUGAUGACCUGGGUUAGCCUGGUGUCACGUCUGGCUUUCAGGCGGACUUUGACGUGCAUCGGAGACUUCAUUGUGCAGAUGUCUUUGUUGUCAGACCUGCCAAUUCAAAUACCAUAGGUAAUAGGAGGCACUGCAGGGAUUUGAGGAAGGAAUUGACAAACUGAUCAGAGACACGACUCACAACAGUCUGAGGGGAAAGGUGUCAAUAAAAUGGAUUAAAGAGACAAAACAAGAGAGACAAAAAAAAAAGAGAAAAGCUGAUGAGUCUCGUUGAAGCAGCAGGGGUUAUCCGCUCGAAUAUUUUGUCAAAUAAGAAGCCAGUGAUUCGAAUCUGACAACAGCUUGUUGUUUCAACAAUGGCAGACUUUGCUCUCCUGGUGUCCUUGAGCCUUUGACUUAACUGUGACCUGAUUUCUGACUUUAACCUCAAACGCUGGAUCGUGGUUAAAAUUUGACUAAAUGGUAUUGAUUAAAACAGGAAGCAUUACACAAAAUGAAACAAAAUCAAACGAAAAAAUCAGAAGGUGAAGGAUAAAUACCAGACUGCCUAAGCAAAAACAGAAAUUAGAUAUGAUUAGGGUCUUGUGAGUAAUUUAGAUACUGAUUAUGCUGUUAAGCUAUUUAAAUUUUUAAAUUUUACUGCGUUUCUGGUCAAUUUGAAUCAAAAUGACAGAGUUACAAAAAAACAAUAAUUGCCAGGUAGACACAUAAAUGUUCUGCAGUCUUACAGACUAGAAUUAUUUAUCCUUGUCAGAGAUAAAAUCUUGAUAUCUUCAGGUUUUAAACUUAUAAUUUCACAAAGCUUGUCUUUUCACCGCUGAAUAGAUCUAAUAAACUGUAACUCACAUUUUUGACAUUUCAAACUGUUGUAGAGAAAUCGUUUCAGUCUUAUUUAACUAGAGACAUGUUGGCCCCUGGUAGGAUCAGUCCAUUAAUGUCCACUGUUACCUCAGUCACCACCUAAAUUGAUAAUGGGGUGCAAUAGUUUCUUGAUAAUUAGACAAAGAAAAUAAGGAUAGGAGGUCUUAUUCCAGCUCCCCUCAACUGUGAAUAUUCUAGCUGCUUUUCUUUUUUAUAACAGUAGACUGAGCGAGACUAAAACUAAAUGUUUCACACGGUCCUGCAGAGAAAGACGGUAAUUAGAGGUCAUGCGGUGCACCAAACCAGCUGAGAGUCUUACUAACUCAAAUCUGUUCAAAAAUAAAACCAAGAGUCGGGAAAUCUUAGAUUUUUCCAAAGCAAGGAAUUCCUUCUCCGUCUUUUCAGAAAGCAUGGUAACAAAAAAUAGAGUUUAGACCACACAGGACCACAUGUUGUGUUCAUAAAGGCUGUGGUCUGAUGCUGUGUCCCUUCCCCCUAAAGUGACCAUGUGAUGGGCUAAGAUCCAGCUACAGCACUUGAAAGUCCUCGCUCAGCACUCUUCUUAUUGGCUCCUGGAUUAGGAGGAGAAUGACUCAGCAUUUAUGGCUCUGCUCACAGUAUCCACAUGGACCUGUGUGUGUAAACCGCUCUGGUACAGUUUAGAAUCUACUGUUCUCUUUUUAUAUGCCUUUUAUGCAGGACUUUUACACUGACUUAUGUAAAUAUAGAUUUUAAAGCACUGAUAAAAAAGUAAAAUUAACAUUUUUAUUCAAAAGUGCGUCUGUGAAAACUAUAUGUGAGCCAAUUUCAUCUGAAGUACAUCCCUAUAUAUUAUCUGCAAAUGACAUUUCACUUAACAGUCUAAGAAAGAGUUGUCAAACCACGUGAAUAAUCCUGACCCCUGAUGUUAAACAGACUCCUAACCCCACAGAGAGUGUCGCUCUGGUCUUCCCUGUGAUCACCAUGUGAUUUGUAUUUUCUUUGUUCAGUAAUCCUCAAACUGAUUAUUGAGUAACUGGGUAUUGUGACUCUGCAGCUGUCAUUGGAAACACAGCGGAUGAAUUAGGAUCUUUUGUUUAAUCUAUUUAGCUUUCUCUGAUCAAAUCUCUUCUUCCUCGAGAGUUUGUUGCAGCAGCUGUUACUGCAUUCAAAAUAGUUACAGCACUGAUUCCAACUGAGUUCUUAAAAAUGAUUUACACUCACAAAAUCUCUGUUUUUCUACUGUAGAGAAGAGAUCAUCUUAAAGUUUUGUCAUGAAUCGCUUAAGCUUUGAUUUGUCUUUGUUUGACUUGCUGACUCGGUUCUUAAAUGUCUACAACUUCUGGUGCUUCAUGUUCUUCAGCGUAUUUUCAUAUUGACAGCAGUUUCUUGGGUCUCUGAUAAAAACCUGUUUUGUUAAAACUCAAGGACCUUUUUCUUCUUCUCAGAAUAUACUUGAUGUUACUCUCCUCUGAAACUAGAAAACAUCCAUACAGGUGUCAGCAUUUUUACUCUCUCCACAGCUUGGUGUAGCUGCAUUUGUUCUUCUCUCUGACCUGUUGCAUUAGAGUGUAUAGGUUAAAUAAUAAGUACAAAAGAAAUCAACUUUUGUAGGUUCAUGUACAGGAUAAAAAAGGCCCAUCAUCCAACAGGUGAUGUGUUCACAUCUCUUGAGUUGUUCAAAGUUAUUUAUUAUCAUUUCCACUUAAAAACAGUAUGUCCAUAGUGUCCGUAGAUUCAUCCGUGAAUGGAUGACACUGCUUCUGUCCGAGGCAGGUCUUUGCAGACUAAUAGAAACUAAAAAAUCUACUUGUAGCUCUGACGCAGGGGCUAAAUAUUUCUGAUAAAUAGUGACUGUAUCAGAACAAAUUCAUCACUUUCAGGCAGGUUUUUUGUGUGCGGAGAUGUGGACCUGUUGACAAGAACUUAAGAGCUGAACUGUUGUGGAUCCGUUCAGUUUUGCUGCAUCAUUUACCUGCAGUCUCUCCUAACUUUAUCUCUGUGUCGAUCAGCCGUGACUGCUCACACUCUCGCUUUCAUGCUUGCAGUAGCAGGAGGUGGAAAAUCUGAGCGUUGAUCUUUUUCACAGGCUUUGAUGCUUUUCAGCACCACUGAAUGUAAAAAUAAUGGAUAUUUUAUCACUUCAAACAUUAAAAAUUGUAAGUGCCAAUAACUUCAACAAUCCUGUUCGACAGUGGACUUUUCUUAUGAUAGGAGAGUUUACUUUAUUUCAGCCUCUUAUAGCUAAUUGACCGCAGCCAAGCCUGUAAAUCUAAGUGGGGAUAAACAACUCCUUAAUUAAUUACUUUAUAUGCUGUUCGCCUAUGAAGGCACACAAAGAAAGCCCAUGAUAAUUAGUCGAUCAAAUUGGUGCACUUUGGCUGUUAGACGGUAUAAACAUGUGACUGAUCACCCCUCACUCAUGCUUUCCUUUCAUUUCUCCUAAAGAGGAAAAACAAAAGCUUGUAUAAAAAGCCAUGUCACCACCCCGUGUUCCUAUUGGUCAGAUCCCUGUAAGCCUGUCAUAAGGUUGGUUUAGUACAGGGGGCAGAUGCUUAGCAUUCUUUGGAAAGCACAUUAAGAUGGUUUUUAAGGGCGAAUGGUGCUUACUGUUUCCAGAUGCUAGUGAAGCUUCAAAACAAAGCAAGGAGUGAUGUGAAGCUGGAUUCAUGUGGAAAUUUUAAAAAGAGACAAAACAGCACCAUACUUUAUAAAAGCACAAACUUGAGCAUUCGUGGGAAGAAUCUGGGUGCAGUUUACCGCCUGUGUCUGUUUAUAAAGUUUUCUAGAUGUCCCCUCCUUCCACAGAUUCUUCGAUGUCUUUCCACUUGACCCCUCUCGACUAAAUCAGUGUCCUCUGCUCCUGGGCACAGCAUGUGGUGCAUUUGAUGUGGUCUCAUGUUAUCUUUGCAGACUGAAUCUUUUUCCUCCAGGACGCCAAUAGAAAUAUUUCUCUGUAAACUGCAGGGAUGGUUGGAUACGGCAUGGCCAAAGCUGCUGUCCACCAGCUGUGUCAGAGUCUUGCAGCAAAGAACAGUGGGAUGCCAUCGGGAGCUGCCGCUGUGGCCAUACUACCGUGAGUGCUGCACUGAAAGUUUGUGUGCACUGGGGGUCACGGGGGAGUUGCACAGCAAUCACAGGUCAGGACUUUUUAAAUUGUUAGUGCACCAAAAAUCUCUCUGGAGUAUCAAGUAGCCUCUGCCUGUGGCUCUGAGAGGAGAGUCUGAAAAGUUUGUGUUGCUGCUGUCAGUAAGUUACAGUCUGACUGAAUCUAAACUCCUUAAUCCACACAUGAUGCACUUGCUCUGACUUGUGUGGGUAGAUCACUCCAAAAAUGUUCUCCAUCUAUUUUAGGGAUGGAGAGAACAACUAUGAACCUUUUUCACCGAAACCAGCAUUUAUUUACAAACUCCAGCUGAAAGAAAAACUGCUGCUACAGUGGAUGAAUAACUGAUUUCACCAAAUGUAGCACCAAAUUCAUGUUCUUAUAAAAUUCUUUAAUAUGGAUCAGUCUGUGCUGAGGAAUUAAAAACUUAUUUUACUAGGGCUCAAACCAAUAUCACGAUAUAUUGAGCAGUUCACCUCAAUAACAAUAAAUGCUGCUCACCCCGCCCCCCACAUUAACUUCGUCUACUUCAGCUGCUACAACUUUUGAACUGUCCUCCAUCUCCUCACCUGUCUUUCCCUCUUUGUUACGGACUGGAUGGGGUGGAGUGAUGACUCUGAUGUAGGACAGCGUCUUAAAGGGACAUGAGACCAUAGCCUACCUACACACAUGCAAAACCAACUUUUAUUUAUUUUUUUGAAACACCAAAUAUACUGAUAUGGGCAAAAUGACGUUGGUUAUUGUCGUAAAUUUGGGUAUCUGUAAAGUUUCGGUUUAUCGCCCAGCCCUAUAUUCAACAAACCUUAUUAGACUAAGCAGUUCUGUCAUUUUAGGGCCUAUGUCCACUAACAGCAUCUUUGCAUCUGCAGCAACCACAACCUCUAUUUCAGGCUCUUUUUAGCGCUCAUUGUGUCUAGAUUACAAAAAUUGUCCUGCAGCACUUUUGGCCUUUUUAUUUCUUGGAAAUUUUAAGCAGAAAAUGUAGAUUAAAUUCACAAAAAUCAUGUUUCAGUAUUAGACCUAGGAAAUUGGAUUCAGUUAGUUUCUUCUUCGCACAGACCUCCACAAUAAUUGUUGAAAAAGUUGACAUCAGAAGUUCACCUCCUUCUUGAUGUUGAUUGGUCAAGAAUGGAGAGUUAACGUAGGCAGGUGUGGUGGUGUCCCAAAACUCAAAGGACUGGAAAAAGUUUGAUGUGAAGGGCUCCAAAAGCAAAAGAAAUACCACAACAGCAUUUGAUUGCAUUGGAUUUAAAUUGAUAUAACGUGACACAAUACUGAAUAGAUGAAAUAACUACAAGCACAUCUCCUGAAAACCAUGAAACCCACUCAUAAAGGCAUGCUGGACAGAACCAGCGUCCUUCCUUUAGCCGCGCUAUAAAGGUGGGUUGCUUUUUCUAAACGUCGCACACUGAAGGGUAAAUUGAUUUUAGUGUGUCAUACCCUGUACGGCUGUGAAAAGCGGAGAGAAUUAUGGAUACUGCACUUUGUAUUAAAUUCUUCGUUCAUUUCGAGUCGUCGCCUCUUCACAGUGUUUAUCAGCCUUGCAGUUUGGGCCUUGAGCUGACACUAUAAGUUGGAAUACCUGAACAGAAGAAAAACACUUAAGCAGACAGCCUUGUAAAACUUUCAGCAAAACUAACAUAAAGAAAAGACUUUCUCUGCACUUUAUUGGUCAGUCUUAUUUGAUAACAGGCAGCUGGUAAGCCGUGUGUAGCAUGUUCAUGCGCACCGAAGCCUGGAAAGUCUGCAGUGCUUUAUGAAAGAGAGAUGAGAGCUGUGUUCUUGCCGGUUCCCCAUACUAAUUUUUUAUUUUUUUUUUCAAGAUUUCUUUGGUAAUUGCUGGAGUCUACAUCCAGAAUCUGAAUCUUAACCACGUACAGGUUUUAGGUGUAAUAAUCUCAGAUAUCUUGCACAGUGUAGCUUCGAAUUCACCAACAAUACAAGCAACCAGUCAAAGGAAAGACGAUAAAGUCACUGUACUGUAAAAUUAGCUCUGCUUCAGACCUUUUUUCCUGUUGAUUAAUGGGCGCCUGUGAAAGAUAACCUGCAGGAAAAAGAGAGAUAAGGCUGGUCGCAGAUCUCUGGUUGCACACAUGAUCUGUUUCAGAUGAAUCAUGCACACAGUACCCUUUGCAUGGUCGCCCCCCCUCCCCUCUCUGUUUUGUCAUUGAAUUUUAAAACCUGUUUUUGCACUGUCACCCUGAGAAGCUCGAAAAGGCAUUUUCAGGGGUGUAUCCCCCUCCUGCUCUCUCUUUGGCUGUAUUUUUCAUGAAAAUGAAGCUGCUCGGAGUCUGCCUCUCCAGCAUGCUGUCACAUCUGUUCAGCAUUAGCCCCAUGACUUGCAUUUCUGUUCCAGUCUGCAUCCCCCCAACCCCUCAGUGCUGCUGUAGCCUCAUUUACCAACACAGAAGAGCAGCUGUGGACACAAUAUAGAGAGUUUUCUGCAGACUACAGGUAAUGGUAAAGCAUCAGGAUGAUGAGAAGGAGCUUUUUCUUAAUAUAUGCACAAUAAGAGAAUUCUCAUAAAAGGUAUCUUGAACUGAAAUAGAAAGGAAAAUGACUUUUUAAAAGACGCUCAAGUGCGUUUUGAGUGAGAAGUUUUGGUUGUUUUGAAGCAAAUACACAGGGUCAAACAGUGUGUCAGUAUCAGCACGCUUAUAUUAAAGGUUCUACAUGUAAUUGUUUGGAUAAAACAUGAAUUUUUGAAUAUGAAAAAAGCAGAAACAUGAGGCAGAGAGCUCCAGAAUCACACACCACAGUAAAGCCUCUGCUCUCUGUUUGUUCUGUAUGUGUGCAGACGCUGCAAUCUCCCUUCCCUGCUCUUUCUCCUCUCUCUGCCUCUUUAAUGCCACAGCUCUCCCCUGAUUGUCAUCUGACUUAAUUUGACAGGGUUACCUUGGAUACGCCAAUGAACAGGAAGUUCAUGCCUGACGCAGAUUUCGGCUCCUGGACGCCGCUGGAGUACAUCGCAGAGUGAGUGCUGAGGAGAAUGUUGAUUUUAUUCUGUGAUUUACGGGCAGUGGAUCACUCUGAUCACAUUUAUAUUUUACGUUUGUCUGUUUUCAUCAAUAACUUGCACCAAAUUCAUACUAACAACAACACUUUUUCAGCUCUUCAGUUGCAUUUAAACUGAAGCUGCACCCGCUGUCCAUGGUCAUGAAAAAGAGCACUAAUUACAAUAAAGUGCUGUAAAUAUAGAAUAUGACAGGUUGCAUAUUACUCUAUUUGCAGCAUGUUUUUGCACAACUCCUGUAGUAUGCUCCAAAUGAAUCAAUAAAUGAGAACCUUAAAAGAGCUUUUGUUCUUUGCAUAUCUUUUUACUUUAUCUCAGUAAAUUUAGAUUGUUCUUUUUUUUUAAUGCACAUUGCAAAACGAUCUAUCUGUGAUCAGUUGUUCAGCUCCAAUUUACUUUUCUAAUUUACGGAUUUCAUAAUUGUCACUUUUUCUCGACCCUCCACAAGCAGCCUUUUACAAAAUGUCCUGCAGUGAUCUUUAUAAUGCCUAUCUUUAUAAUCAGGUGCAGGUAUUUGUAGGGCAUAGCUUAAAAUUGCGAUUCAGAAGAUUUUUUUUUUUUCCCCACAUGUAAUGUCUUUUUUAUUUUAUAUUUACACAAUAGAUUACAGUGCAGUUUAGCAACAUUCAUUGUUAAUGCUUGGUCACAAAUGCAGAUCAGGUUUGUGAUGUUUCAUCAGUUUCUAUUCAUCCACACUCUCCGAACAGACACACAGAAUGACAGAUGGAGUCUGUGUUUCUAAGUGUAUACCUAAUGUUGUGUUUUUGAUGUAGCAGAGUAACAACUCUGAUUUUUUUGCAAAAAUACAAAAGCAAGUAAUGAAAAAAAAAUCCCAUUAAAUCAGUUUUCAGACAUUCUUAGGUAUGAAGGAAGUCGAGGGGAGACGAGAGUUUGAUCUAAAUCUGUUUGAGUUUGACUGACUCUCUGAAUAUUUAUGAAAUCUGGGACGAGAAUGAAGUACCUGGACUUUGUCCCUUCAUUUCAUUAAAAUUUUGGCAAGUUCAAGUAAUUACCAAAUUGGAUGUGAUGAUCGGUACUUUGGAAACUGUGCUUGGUUUGACAGCAGAACUGCCUCUUAUUGGUGUUCACUCAGCAUGUAGGCCGGGAUAGAUUAGAUGGGAUUUGAUCCGGUUUGAUAAUCCCCGAGGAAACAGAUGAGGGUCUGAGGACAGAAAUAGAAAUAAUCUGAACAGCAGGGAAUAAAGCAGCUGCAUUGUCUCUUAUAGUUUGUUUUUCUAUGGCCUCUGUUAGAGUUUAUCCACAACACCUGGACGUGGUUGAUAAGUGAAGACUGGGAAGCUGUUUUAAAUAUAUGCUGUGUAAUAAAAGCGCAGGUAGAUGCAGAUGACACUGAAAGUUAUGUUGCCGUGUUAAAAUCCACUUUGAUGAGAGGUGUCAAGUUUUUAAGCAAUGCAAAUAUUUCUUCUGUUUCUUCGUCUUUCUACAGAAUGUUCUACAACUGGGCCACCGGGUCGAACCGGCCAGCCUCAGGAAGCCUGAUGCAGCUGCUGACCUCCGGCGGGGAAACCCAAGCUGUGCCCACAGAGUAG